AUGGACGAAGAUAAUGAUGAAUCUGGAACUGAUAACCAGCUAACAGAGGAAACUAACAAAAGAAAUCAUUCUCAGGUUGGAGAAGAUAAAUUGCAAACCAAUACUAUCCAACCGACUACUAGAAAACUUAAGAUGAACGUCAGUGUGUCAACUUCUCAGGUCGUAGCUGAAGCAGAAAUCUCUCUUUCAGCAUCUGAUGUGAAGGACAAGUACAUGGAUGCCAGUCUACCGCUGAAGUGGAAAGCGUUUGAGACAGUAAUAUUCCUUGAGCGGGUAAUUUCCACGAAUGAGUCCAACAUCGAUCGGUGGAAGAAAAAAAGACAAGCUGCUGUGGAUUCGAAAAUUGGACGCCUUAAUAGUUUUAUCAAGCGCGUAGAGGUCCCCAUUCAGGUGUUUGUAGCAUGUGGGGUCGCAAGUUCUGGUGGUAAAUAA